AUAAAUUAGGCCACAUUCUGCUUGCACAUAUAUAUAUAUUACUUUGAUACGCACCUGCUGGUGUCUCUUAGCUUGUCACAAUCCUCAGUUAAGACAUAAGAGAAAAAAUAAUAUGAACACAACCAAGGAGGUGUUUGAUGUGUCACCGUUCUUGCUACUAGAAUCAUCUGCAGAUUCCGAUACCUAUCGCUGCGACGGAGGCGAACAGAUCGAGGGUGCCCACGACGGCGAACCCAAUGUUAACAAUAACUAUUACCCGGAUCGAGAUGAAAUUGAUGAGUCUUGUACCGCCAAUUUUUAUGAGACGUCUUCUAUGACGACCUGGAGACCGAGUUUCGACCCGGAGGAUACGGUGACAGAAGAAAUAGUUCUCACAGCAGGAGAGGAAGAAGAUGAGGACGGAGAGGUGAACAGCUACAUCAUAAGAUAUAGGACAAGUCAACGUGAAAAUCUGACCGUUGAUUCUAGUCCUGUGGUGAGUGAGAUGGAUAAAAAUCGAAUGUUCUGGGAAGCUUGUCUUGCUUCCUGAUCUGUCUUUCUUGUUUCACGGAGAGGGAAAAACGAACAACGUCUUCUUGUCUAGCUAACUAUAUAGGUUUAAUACAUAUGUCUAUCUAUUUUAUUUUUGUUUGUUUGGGAUUUUGCUUGUAAAGGUGUCUAUUAAAUCACAUCUACCCAUCAAUUAUGUC